AACAGACAGAUUGUUCACAUAAUUCAUGUUGUUAUCGAUAUAGCCUCAACAAGGCAAUUGUGCCCUUACCUGCAAACAGAAUUCUGCGAAAGUAGAACUGUCGUAGUGCUUGUCUGCGCUGUGUAUCCCUUCCUAGCUGUCUCAUGUCAAUUUGUUGACCUUUUUUUCACAUUUAGGACAUUUGUAGGCCGGACGGUUUCUGACUGUGUCAAGUUAUACACUUCCCAUAAUGUGCCCAUGUAAAUGUAGUUAGUUACCGGUGCUUCCUUUUCUCGUGAUAGGACUCUUCUCCAUCAGAUUUAAUUGCUGGCAUGGACGCUGUACUGAUCACAUUGGCCCAGGCCACCAGCCAGAAUCCUGAUGAGCUAAAACCAGCUGAGCAGCAGCUGAAUGCUUGGGAGUCUGAGUUGCCUGGAUUUUACACAAUACUAUGGGCCGUGUUCAAGAACCGUGAUGUCGCGGUCAACGUCAGGUGGAUGGCCAUUCUCUACCUGAAGAACGGCAUUGAUCGGCGCUGGAGGCAACGGGUGGUGUUUCAAGAAGGAGAUGGCAUCAACAACGUGUCCAUUACACCGGAGGAGAAGGACAAGCUGCGUGAUGAGAUGCUGACUAUGUUUGAUGAGCCUGUGAACACGCUUGCAGUGCAGCUGGCUGUGCUGAUUGCCAAGGUGUUUCGUCUGGAUACUCCCAAACAAUGGCCGCAACUUCUGCCGCAUCUUAUCCAGCUCGUAAAAGGCUCAUCAGGCUUAAUCCUGCACCGGUCCAUCAUGACACUGAAGCACGUCAUUAAGUCCAUGGCGUCUUGGAGGCUUCGGUCCCACCGUGAUCUCUUUGAGACUAUUGCUGGUGAGCUGUUCCCGUUUGCUCUGGGGCUGUGGUCUCAGCAAGUAAACUUGUUUGUAUCAGCAUUACAAUCUACAACAGCACAACAAUCAGUAACUAACGGGGUUGAAGACAACUGUGCGUCUUCUCUGGAACUUGGCACACUGUCCCUAAGAAUGUUGCGACAGUUUGCUGUGCAUGCAUUUGCCAACUUCGGUGAUGUCCAAGCAAUGCCGGAAUUCAUGCAGCGGCUGCUCACGACGAUCGACCAACUACUAGCAGCGCGUGCACAUCUGGGUGAAGCACAUCCUCUGACCGAAGCUGUAGAGAAACAGUGCAUACUAUGCACCAAGGUGCUGCUUGAUCUACUGACGAACAAGCCCCUGGAGAUCCUUCCCUACCUGAAGGAUAUUGUUGAGUUCUUCUGUGUCAAGUACUUGUUUGCGGAAAAUGUGGAAGUGUUACUAUUUGAGAGGUUUAUAGUGCAAGGCCUGAACUUCAUGAAGGGUAUGCUGCUCUGCAGUGACUACACACCGAAAGUCAACAAGGACACACAUGUGCCAUCACCUAACCAAGAUUCUCGAAUUGUUAAAGGAUAUGAGAUAAAGAUGAUGUUCUUUACGUCUGAAGUCUCGGCAAAUAUUGUGCGUCAACUUGUCACCAGAUUCUUCCCGCUUAGACAAUCUGAGAUUGACAGCUGGGAAGAUGACCCGGAGGGUUUUGCUGAUGAAGAAGCUGGCGAGUCUUGGAAGUUUGCUCUGAGACCUUGCGUGGAGACAGCAUUUGCGACUUUGAUGUCAAUGUUCAGUAUCAACCUGGCACCUAUAGUGGCUUCAAUGGUUCCCAGUGUUCAAGACUUGGACAUUCAUGAUCAUAAUGCUGUCAAGAUUCGAGAAGCAGUGUACAGUGCGGUAGGCCUGGCAGUGUCUGAACUGUACGAUGAGAUCAACUUUGCUGAAUGGUUUGAGCAGCGCUUGCAACACGAACUGCUGCAGAGCACAUCGAAAUACCUCCGGCGGAGAAUUAUCUGGCUGAUAGGUCAAUGGGCAGAUGUGAACGUCAGUCAACAGCUCAGACCUACCAUUUAUCCUCAUCUAAUGCAGCGCCUGUCAGCAGAUGAAGACCUUGUUGUCCGCUUGGAAGCUGCUGCAACACUUCGCAAAGUUGUGGAUGGAUAUCAGUUUGAAACUGAAGACUUCCUCCCCUUCUUGGAGAACUCAUCAGGUUUGCUGUUCAAGCUGCUUACAGAUGUUAGCGAGUGUGAAACCAAGAUGCUGGUCCUAUUUGUCUUCAGUGUGAUCAUUCAACGUGCUGGUGGUGAAGUGAAGCCCUAUGCCGGUGGAUUGAUCCAGUACUUGCCCAGACUAUGGGAGGAAUCAGUGGAUCAUGACAUGCUGCGUUGCUCCAUUGUUACUGUGCUGUCUCGAAUCGUUCGAGCAUUGGGCUCCAUGUCUACUAGCUUGUACGCAUUACUCAUGCCAAUCAUUGCACACUGUACUGAUCUUAGCCAGCCGGCACAUAUCUACUUACUUGAGGAUGGUCUGGAACUGUGGCACUUGACACUGUGUUGUGCACCUCAGUGUACUGUGGAACUGCUCAACUUAUUCAAUGUUUGGCAUGAUCUUCUUGACCUGAGAGAGCAUUUGAAUUUUUGCCUAAUGCUCCUGGACUCCUACUUGAGACUUGACGCAGCUACAUUUCUUCAGACGUAUGGUGCAGCGCUUGUUGACACCAUUCACGGUCUGCUGAAUGAUGUCAGACCCGAAGCAGCAGUUCUUGUGUUCCGAAGAAUACAUUCAGUGUUCCGGAUUGCUCCGGUAGAGGCAUCGAGACUCUUCAAGCCUCUCGUCUUCGACGUUCUGUCCUGCUUGCUGCGUAAGCAUGGGGAGAACAGUGAAGGUGGUCAGCAAGCUGUGACGGGCAUUCAACUUUAUGAACUUACCUAUGACGGUGACUACAUGCCUCUACUAACGCAGUAUAUAGCGUUACUGGCACGCGUGCUUCUGCAGAAUGUAGAAACGUUUGUAGAGGUACUUGGCCACUAUGGUCAGCAGAGGAACAUAAGUGUUGACGCUGUAUUGAUGUCACUGCUUGAUGUCUGGCUUGAAAAGUUUGACGCAAUGCCGGAAGUGGAGUCUCGCAAGCUCACAGCGCUGGCACUCAGCUACUUGCUUCCCAAGUUCAACUGGCCAGCGGAGCAGUUUGGAGUGAUCAUCGAUGCGAUUGUCGAUGUCCUGCAUCAAGUACACCGCUGUGAUGAGGACGGUGUUGUAACAGACAAACUUGUCUAUUCAGCCGAGCUAUGCGAGAUAGAGUCUGAUGAUGACGAUACGGAAGAGGACAAACGAAUUCGGAGAUUGCGCCUAUGCGAUCCCGUGCAUACCCAGUCACUGCGGGAUUGCACUCGCCAACAUCUGCAGCAGAUCCAGCACACACAGGGUGCACAGAUUACUGAGCAACUGAUGAUCUCACUAGAUGUAGAUGUUGGCCAACAGCUCAAAGCUUUUCUAGAGGCUUGAACGGAGGAGACUUGAUUGCCUCAACACUGAACACUCUCUUUCUCAUCUCACCUAUGAAGGUAGUGGUGGCUGUGGGAGGGGAGCAUUGCGCAUCUCCUAUUGGGUUGCGAUGGCUUUCUGCUGUUACUGCACAAAGUAUUAAUCUGUACAUAGGCACUAUCACCAGCACCAUCAGCAGCAGCAGAAGCAAGUGCAGUAGCAGCUCAUGUUGUAAAUAGUCUUGUGUACAUACAUGUACAUUUAGUACAAUGUGCAUGCAUGUUGUACAGAUGCCUUUCUCUGAACUGUCUAUAUUUAGACCUCUCUGCCUUUCUGUCUCUCUGCUUCUCUUCUCUGUCGCUGUCCCUCUCCUCAGAGAUCUGUCCGUCUGUCUCAUACAACGGUAGAUAGCCAAACGCCUCUUGCCUGUCUGUCUGUCUGUCUGUAUGCAUGUCUCUCUCACUCUUUUCGUUAAAAAGAGUAGUUUACGUCUGUCUCACGCAACAGUAGAUAGCCGAACCAGUUCGUUUCUCUGUCUGUCUAUCUGUCUGUCUGUCUGUUUGCCUCUUCCCCUCUCUUUUUGUGAUAAGAGUAUUUUUAUGGUCUUGAUACCUUCACAUACUUUGUUUUUAUCUCGUUGAGGCAUGUCAGCAUGUUUCAAUUGCUUUGUUUACAUUUUAAAAGGAUGUGAUGUGCAUUCUGCUGUGAGUACUGUGCAGUGGCCAAGUGACAAAUUCAGCUUCUGACUUGCUCAAGUUUGAGGAAUGAUACCCUUC